AUGGACAACAUCGAGCCAUUAGAUGAGGCAAUUUACCUUAUAGAGAUAAAUGAAGUUGUUAAGCAGUACUUGGGCAAGGACAAAGCCAACAAGUCCCUCGGCUGCUGGUUGUCUGGAAGAGGUGCGCUGAAAAUCGAAAUUGAAACCGAAAUUCCAAUUCAAAUACCAGACGGGACAGCCUACGACGACAUAAAGCAAGCAAAGAAGGAAGCCAUUAUAAAGUUCUUUGCCAAGCGUCCUUGGAUACUACUUCCAAACAAGGAGAACCCCCUACCCAUAUGA